AUGCUAUUUUAUAGCUUUCAGAUUCGAUUGUCAUCCAUAGAGUAUUUCCCAGCAGAACGGACUCUCACCCAGCAACAAUUCGUUCAGGAAAUGCCGAGUGCUGUGUUCUGCUCGUUGUUAGCAGGAAUUGCUGCCGUUAUCGAAAUCCAUUACUCCAUCGACUUCAAUCACCUUGAAUGGAGCGAAAAGUGGAGUUGGGCAGCUGCUGACUCCAUUGCUCUGUGUACAGUACACGCCGUUUUAGCUUUUGCUCUUCAGUGA